CACAUCCGAAUUUCGAGACAACUCUUGGACAAUUGAACUCUUUCGACAACCCCUUCUCGACUCAUACCCCCUGUCGACCAAUUUCGCCAUGGCCGAUAUCGAUGUCAAGGUCUCUUCGUGGAAGCUGGUUGAGGUUGGCCGCCUAGUGCUGAUCCGCAGCGGCCCCUUCGAAGGCAAGCUUGCUGCCAUCGUUGAGAUCGUGGACCACCGCCGUGUCCUGGUCGACGGUCCCUCCACCGAGGAGCAGAAGAUCGUGCCCCGUCACGUUCUCCCUCUCGCCCACGCCACCCUCACUCACUUCACCAUUCCCCAGCUCCCCCGUGCUGCCGGUACCGGUCCCGUGAAGAAGCUCUGGGCUAAGAACGAGAUUGAUGGCAAGUGGGCCAAGAGCUCCUUCGCUCAGCGCACCGAGCGCUCCGAGCGCCGCAAGAACCUGUCCGACUUCGAGCGCUUCAAGGUUCUGCGCCUCCGCAAGCAGGCUCGCUACGAGGUCCAGAAGUCCCACGCCAAGGCUCGCGCUGCCAACAAGUCAUAG